AUGGAACACUGCUUUCAACAGGUAAAUUUGACUGUGGAGGAUGCAAAAAGAGCAGCUGAGGGAAAACCGCUUUCUCGAGAGCUUUUCUGCUAUUUCAGAUGCUUAUUCGAAUCGGUUGAUUUUUUGAAAGAUGACGGGAAAUUCAACACUGAGAAAGCUAAGGGGCUUUUUGGUGAUUUCCUAGAUGAUAAAGCUCUGCAAUGCCUCAAAUCUCUCACCAUAUCCACAUGUGAGGAUCUUAAUAAAUUGGAUGACUGCUUACCUGAUCCAUAA